AUGACCGAGUUACUGAAUGAGAAGACUGACGGCUUUAUGAUAGAUACACAAUUACCGCAGGAAGUUAGAGAAUCUAUUUGCAAUGCCAAUUUCGCAGGGAAGCCGCUUAACGCGGUAGAUUGGUCAGCCCUCCCCGGAAGUGACGAUAGUGUUAUUUUCCAACUUACGCAUCCGCUCGCCAGCAAAGAAAGCGAUAAAGAAGAAGAAGAAGAAAUACUCCCACUUCUCGAUUUGUCAUGCCUUAACGACGUGGAGAUGCCCUCAUCGCCGCCCUGCCUUCCUAAUCACGAGUCACCGUUGUUGUUGAAUAGUGUCAAAAGGAAGCUCAUGGAAGUAGCUUGA